AUGAAAGUUUACUCCUUUUACAUGUCUUGUAUCUGUUUUUCCUAGUAAGUAGUACCAUGGAUCAAUACUUAUAAAAGCAAUUCCACCAAUUAUUAUGCUAAUGUCUUUUAUACCAUAAUUCACAGCACUUUGCUAUUUCGGUUGUCAAGUUGAUUAUUUAGCAAAACAAUUCCUUCGGAUACUUCAUGUUCAGGGGAAAGAAUCUUUAACACUUUCUAGAUGAAUUUAGUUGUGAUGCUUAAUUCUUCUUGUGACAAUCAAGGCAGCUUUUUUUAACCUUAAUUAAGCAAAGAAGAUAGAUUGCUUUUAUUUUCUUUUAUUUUUUUUCAUUUUAAUUUUUUCUUCUCUUUCUAACUGUAUAUAAUCUUGGAACAUGUUAAUUGAUAAUGGGGCAACAGCUAUCAUGCAGGCAGUCCAAUCACCUACAGAGAAGGUGAGUGUUGCAGGUAAGGUGGUGCAAGGAAUUGAUGCAGCCGUUCGAGAUGUGAGCAUUGCAGGUAUGGCGGUGCCUUAUCAAGCAUUCAUACGAGGAGACUGGGAAAGGUUGAAAAUGUACUUUGAAGAAAACCCAGAUGCAGUGGUGUCUCCAUUGACAGUUAACAAGGAUACCGCCCUCCAUAUUGCAAUUUACAGCGGAAGCACCAGGCUGAUCGAGAGUAUGAUCGAAAUUACAAAGCAAGUAGCACGAAACCUGACUCGGAGUCCCUUUCUGAUUGACAAUGAGUAUGGGAAUACUGCUCUCCAUGAGGCAGCUGCCUCAGGAAAUCUUAGAGCAGCAAAGCAAUUGUUGGCCUGUGAAAGGUCAUUGCUAGAGAUUAAGAACAAGUUAGGCGAAACCCCGAUUUACAGAGCUGCAGCAUUUGGCAUGACUGAAAUGGUCAAGUUCCUGGCUGGCGAAGUUAUGAAGGACACAGAAGUAGUUGUCCGAACUCACAGGCAGAAGGGUCCUUUUAUGAGCAUCCAUGGCCUGAGAAAUGAUGCAACCUCAAUUCUUCAUAUUUCUGUUCAUGCCGAACAUUUUGAAACAGCUUUGUACCUGCAGAGAACAGACGAAGCACUUGGAGAGUUGAAGGAUGAAAACGGGAGGACUUGCCUUCAUCUGCUAGCAAACAUGCGCUCAGCUUAUAAAAGCGGCCAGCCCAUGGGAAAGUUAAUGGGACUUUUCUACAACUGUCUUCCGGAUGGCGACCGUUGCCAUGACAAGCAUGUGGUAUCUUGCAAUAGAAAGGGUGACUUGGAGAGUGGAGUUUAUGGGAAUUAUUUGUCAAGCUAUUCAAGGAUUCGUAAAGCAUUCGCAAGGACGUGUUUUAUCAUUUGGAGAUGCCUGGCUCAAGGAUGGCCAGUUUUGGAUAGAGUCUGGAAAGAAAAGAGAAGGCAUGAAUCAGUUAUGAAAUUCACAAAGUUGCUAGUGAGUAAAGAUACUUCAUGGGAGGCGAGUUCUGCAAACCCUGAUAUUGGUACAAUUUCUUUUGGAGAAGUAGCUGAAAGAGCAAGAGCAACAGAGAGAGGCACAGUGCAGAAUACAUCAGCAGGAAAGACAAUUGUACCACCUCUUACUCCAUUGCUGAUUGCCUCCAGCAAUGGUAUAAUUGAGAUCGUCGAGGAGAUACUUCAAGAGUAUCCGCAGGCUGUUGAGCAUGUCAGCGAUCAGGGCCAAAACAUAUUACAUGUGGCUGUCAAACAUCGCAAAAAGGAGAUCUUUCGUCGCGUAAAGAAGAUGAAGAUUCCAAUGGCUAUUUUAGUCCGCAAAAUGGAUAUUAACGGCUACACCUUGUUGCACCAUGCUGCUGACAUGCAUAAUUAUUUUGGAGGAUACAAACCUAGUCCUGUUCUGCAAUUACAGGAGGAGCUACGGUGGUACGAGCGGGUGAAGAAGAUAAUACCUUCUCACUAUAUAAUGCACCACAACGGAUAUGGUCAGACUGCCCUUGAAUUAUUUGAGGAGACACAUUCGAAGCUGCACAAGGAUGCACAAGAAUGGCUAAAGCGGACGUCUGAAUCAUGUUCUGUCAUUGCUGUUCUAAUUGCCACUGUUGCUUUCACUGCCAUCUACACUGUUCCAGGAGGCAAUGAUGACAAGACUGGUCUUCCUGUUCUUCUCCGCUACCCAUUCUUCUCUGUUUUCACAAUUUUGGAUAUAAUUUCCCUCGCCAGUUCUUUAACUUCAGUUGUGAUGUUCCUCUCGAUCCUCACCUCUCCAUUUCAGCUUCAGGAUUUCCGCAUCUCUCUCCCUCGAAAACUAACACUUGGGUUUACGUUUCUCUUCUUCUCCGGCAGCUACCAUGCUUGCAUUUGCUGUAACAAUUAUGCUGGAAAUUCAUUUGAAGGAACAGUGGUCUAGAAGUCUCAUUUACACUGUUGCUUUCCUUCCGGUCACUGCGUUUGCACUGAUGCAAUUUCCUUUAUAUUUGGCUUUUACUGGUGCUAUCAAGAGCUCA